UGUGCCAGGUUUAGUCCAUCGAAAGUGACCGUAGCAUAAACAGCUGGAGCCCAUCCGGCGACUGCAUCGGAACGGAUCGUGUGUACUUCUGACGCGCAGACGAGUGGUGAUCGCCUUAGUGGUCUUAGGUUAGUAAUUGGUAUACAGUGUGUUCGUGAUCUGCGCCCCAAAACCUGCUCCUCGACAGCGUGCGAGAAAACAAUAACCCAACCUUGCUUGCGCCCUUAGCAUCUUGCAACGCACAGCCAUGAAGCUUUGCCUGCUGAUCGCAACGGCCGUGGCCAUUGCCACGUGCUACGCUCUUCCCGUGCCGAAGGAAGAAGUGUUCGCCGUGUACCCCGUGAACAGUGCUUUGGCACAACACUCGAGCGACCUGCCCGUCGAAACGAAACCGGAAGAGGUGAACCUACCUAAAGCAGAAGGUUCCGCGACCGAAGUCGUCGCUGAGGAAAAGAAGGUUGAAGCAACUGAAAGUAAGCAGGAACAAUUGAAAACUGUCCCGGAGACCUCAACCAGCGAUGAAGUUCCCAAGGAGGUUAGCCCUGCCGGAGCAAAAUCGGCUCCAUUGAAAGAGUCCACAACUGUAAAGGCUGAUGAAGCUCUACCGGUAACUGUUCCAUCGACCGAAAACGUUCCAACCACUGUGGCAAACAACGAUGAAGCACGGCUUGAAGUAACUCAGUCCGUUGUUGCUGCAGAACCAAAAGUGGCUGUUCCAGAGACAUUAGCCGAAGAGCCGAAGCUGAUGGAGAAAAAAGCUGCUGAGAAGGUGGCAAACGAGGAAGCUAAAGAUGAGCCGAAAACGAAAGCGGUUGAGAGUGUUCAGGUAGAGGCGAAAAAAGAGGAGAGCGUAGAAGUCAGCAAGCAGGAAGAGACGAAGUCAGUGAAGCCUGUAGUUGAGACAGUGGCUGAGGAAAAGACCGAAAAGCUUACUGAGGAGUCUAAGCCUGUUGUAUCGUCCGAAUCGGCUCAGGCUCGCUCUUCAACCAGCGACGCACUCCCGGUCGAGCAACCGAAGACCGAUGUCAAGCCGGAAGAAACGGUCACUGAUCAGGUUGUCGUCAAAGUGGUCGUCGAACCAGUGGCGGAAGAAAACAAGCCUGUCGUAGAACAGGUUCAGGAGAUGAGUGUAUCUACCAGUGAGGAUGCGAAGCCAGCCCUGUCCACUGUCAAUGUUCCAGAACCACAAACCGAAGGCACGGAGGAAGCGAAGCCUACUAAAGUCCGUGCCGCUCCGAUUGUCGAGGGACUGAAGGUAUCGCAGUCGGUUGAAGCCGAACCAGCCGUUACCAAAAUUCACGUCACAGUUAUUCAGGAAGAGGUAGAGCUUGCAGGCAAGAGCGCUGUCCAGAUGGAAGCGGUACAGACUGAUGCUCCGGUAACGGAAGCUACGGAGGACAAGAGUAGCGAAGUAACAACAACUACCACCCCUGAAAAGGAAGUAAAAAGUGCUGAACUAGCUGUGGAGAAAGCUUCCGAAACUAAGGCUGAGAUGAACAACGAUAAGCCAAGUGAGGUUAAGAGUGUGGAGCCGACGGUCGAAACUAAACCAGCAGCUGCAGCAACCGUCGAAGCUAGCAAGGAGGAAUCCUCGGCACGAGCGGCCACCACUGAAACUGUUGUGGUGGUGGUACCCAGCGUAAAGUCGGAAGAUGUCACCACCGUUAUUGCAGUGGCGGAGAGCACCGACAAACCCACAGAAAAGGAUGUUGAAGCAGAAACAAAGGCAACGGUAGAAGACAAACCGGCACCGGAAGUCGAGCCAGCGACAACGGUAAAGACCGAGGAUCAGCAGGCAAAAGCCGUUGACGGGAGUUCUCAGCCGGGUGAAAGUAAAAGCUCUGCUACCGCCCAAGAAGACGCUAAGGAUCAGAGUGACAGUGUCAGUACAACGGUAAGCAGCGUCACGGAACUGGACACUACCACCGUGACCCUACCCGUCACCACCACCGUCGACCCAGAGCCCGUUCCCACGCCGGCGAAACAGAAGGCCAAGAAGCAGGUUCCGCCAAAUCUUAAAGGAUACAGCAAGCGUCUAAAGCUGCAGGAAGCGCAACGAAAGCAAAGCAGCGACAGCGAGUAACGGCGACCCGUUAGCAGCUAAUGCGGCUAAUAAUUGCAGAUAAUGCAGCUCAAGGAAGCAUCACGCGGACCGUGGGUGGGGAGUCAAUUAUGCCGACUCUGUGCCGCCGGGUGGUGUCCAUUCCAAUUAACGUCUUUAGGCUGUAAGACUAAACACCGUAGGCUCAUAGGUAAUAGCUCAGUAAGGUGACAUCAUCAGGCCGAAUAAAGUAUUGUUCGAAAUCGUCAUGUACAAAA